AUGGAUCUGGCCAACCUGUCACAGCUUCAGACCGAAGCCGUCAAUCCCCGGACGGCGCAGAUCGAUCAGAUCUCGACCCUGGAGAUGUGCCGAUUGAUCAACGAAGAGGAUCAUUGCGUCGCCCCUAGUCUCACACCAUGCAUCCGCCAGAUUGCCGCCGCCAUUGAUGCGCUCAGUCCACGCGUGCGAAACGGCGGACGAGUCAUCUACGUCGGUGCAGGGACAAGUGGAAGACUCGGGAUCCUCGAUGCAUCCGAGAUCCCUCCGACCUUUGCUGCUCCGCCAUCUCAAUUUGUCGGGCUGAUUGCGGGCGGUGAUGCGGCUAUUCGACGAGCACAAGAAGGGGCCGAAGACAGUGUCGCCGCGGGCGAAGCCGAUAUGCAAGCGUUGAAGCUCAACACAGAACUGGACAGCGUCAUCGGUAUCGCUGCAUCUGGCCGUACGCCAUACGUCCUCGGGUGUUUGGCAUUCGCGAAACAGAUCGGCUGUCUCACCAUCGGUGUAGUGUGCGCUUCUCCCUCGGCAAUGGGAUCAUCCGGGACAGUCGACUUCUUGAUUGCCCCGCUGCCAGGGCCGGAGGUCGUCACGGGCAGUACCCGGUUGAAGGCGGGAACGGCGACCAAGAUGGUCCUGAAUAUGCUCAGCACAGGCACCAUGAUCCGGACGGGCAAGACUUUUGGAAACCUGAUGGUAGAUCUUGUCGCCUCCAAUUUGAAGCUGGAACAGCGAUCGCGCAAUAUCCUACGAAGGCUGAGUGCUCGGUGUGACGGUAUGACAGACGCCGAGCUGGACGCGUUGCUGGCAAGAUGCAAGGGAAGGGUAAAGCUAGCUCUUCUUGUGGCCGAAACGGGCGAAGCGGUUGAACAGUGCGAGGAGAGGUUGGCAUCUGCAGGUGGCGUCCUCGCCAAGGCUUUCGAAACGUCUUUGGCCGGGGUCACGGAUGUCCAGACGCCUCCUGCAGAGAGACAGUAUGUGCUUUGCAUUGACGGCGGAGGGACCAAGUGCGCGGCUGUGAUCGCGGACCUGCAAGGCACCGUUGUUGGGCGAGGGACGACAGGACCAUGUAAUCUGACCGAUGGCAACGGCAUGGAAGAGGUGAUUCAGACACUCAUGACUGCUACGAAGGACGCUUUGCCCACGACUGUUUCACCUGCAGACUCCCAACUUGGAUUGUUGUUCAAGUCAGUCUGGAUUGGCUUGGCGGGAAUUGACCGGAAGAAUUUCCGAGCGUCUCUCCUACCAAAGAUUUGCGAGUGCUUUGGCUUGACGGAGAAGGACAUUCGGCUGACAAACGACGUGGAUCUGCUGGUGGCCGCUGCGACUUCCCACCGCGACUGUUCAUCUGCAGUCGUCGUCAUUGCUGGAACCGGCAGCGUCGCCAUGCGAUACAACCGAAGUGUCGAUGGCAGUGAGUACUCUCGAGUCGCUCGAUCCGGCGGCUGGGGUCACAUCUUGGGUGACGAAGGAGGCGGAUAUGCCAUCGGAUUGGAGGCGAUCAAAUACACCUUGACUGUUCUCGAGGAAAUGAGACUCGGCAUACGUACUGAACCAUUGGGGCUGUUGGAGCAGGCAGUUCUAAAACGACUGGGAUGUGCCAGCUGCGGACCAAAGCAGAUUGAUCUUCUCAGUGAGAUCCUGGUUCAACAGCACAAACAGACGAUCAAAGCUCGUAUUGCAGGUAUGGCCGAAGUGGUGCUCAGCCUGAACGGACAGAGCGACACGUCCUCGGCCAUUGUCAGCCGACAACUUGACUACUUGGCAAGUCGGACUGUAGGACGUUUGUUGGAUCCUGCUUGUGCUGGAUACAUUCCUACAGAACAUUCCGGUCUGAUUCUUUCCGGCAGUAUCCUCAACAAUCAAGCUUAUCAGGAUCAAUUUCUCAAUGUGCUUGCGAAGAGCGGGGCCAAGUUCGCCUAUGUGGAGAGAGUAUCUGAUGCAGGCCUCCUGGGCGUACGGCAUCUGACAUCGCCUUGA